AUAAGUUUUGAAAGAAAUAAUCUGAAUCAUUUCUUCUUCUACUUACAUCUCUCUCUCACUCUCAUUUCUUCUUCUGCAACUUUUUCUCACAACAAGAACAAAAAAUGGAAGCACUGAACUGCAUACUCUUUUUUCUCUUCACCUUCAUCUUCCUCAAACUCCUCCAUUCCCUUCUCACAAAACAACACAACCUCCCACCAGGUCCACGUGGCCUUCCCAUCAUAGGCAACCUCCAUCAACUAGGCCAAAAGCCUCACCAAACCCUAACCAAUCUCUCCAAAACCCACGGUCCAAUAAUGACCCUUAAACUAGGCCAAAUAACCACUGUAGUUAUGUCCUCAUCAGAAACCGCCAAGUCAGUUCUUCAAAUCCAGGACCAAUAUCUCUCUAACAGAACUGUCCCUGACGCAAUGAGAGGUGCUAACCACGACAAUUACAGUUUACCGUUCAUCCCUCUAUGUCAACGCUGGAAAGACCUCAGAAAAACCUGCAAUAACUUGCUAUUCUCCAACAAAAACCUCGACUCGAAUCAAACUCUCCGACACAAGAAGCUUCUAGAACUUUCAAACAAUAUAUAUGUCAGCGCUGCAAAAUUUGAAGCGGUAAAUAUCGGAAGACUCGCUUUUAAAACAACGAUAAACAUGUUGUCGAAUACGAUUUACUCAGUUGAUUUUGUUCAGUCGAGUGAUAAAGCUGGUGAGUUUAAAGAGUUGGUUACGAAUAUUAUGAUGGAAGUUGGAAGAGCAAAUGUUGCUGAUUGUUUCCCAGUGUUGAAGAUUUUCGAUCCUGUUGGUAUUAGAAGAAGAACCGGUGAGUAUUUUGGGAAGUUGUUAGAUAAUUUUAGAGGGUUGGUUGAUGAAAGGUUGAAGAUGAGAAAGUUGAAGGGUUAUUAUGGUAAAAGUGAUAUGUUGGAUACUAUGCUUAAUGAUGAGAAUAACAAUGGAGAGAUGUAUGAAGAUAAGAUUGAACGUUUAUCUGUGGACUUGUUUGUGGCAGGAACUGACACAGUGACUUCAACAGUAGAAUGGGCAAUGGCUGAAUUACUUCGCAACCCAAACGUUAUGUCAAAAGCGAAAUCAGAGUUAAACCAGCUUAUUGGCAAAGGAAACUUAGUUGAGGAAUCAGACAUAGCAAAACUCCCUUACUUACAAGCAAUAGUAAAAGAAACUUUCAGAUUACACCCAGCAGUUCCACUUUUACUACCAAGAAAAGCUGAAAUAGAGUUAGAGAUAAAUGGCUAUAAAGUGCCAAAAGGUGCACAGGUGUUGGUGAAUGUUUGGGCUAUUGGGAGAGAUCCAAAUUUAUGGGACAAUCCAAAUGAGUUUUUACCGGAGAGAUUUUUGGGGUCAGAUAUUGAUUUUAAAGGUAGAAAUUUUGAGUUGACACCUUUUGGUAGUGGGAGAAGAAUUUGUCCUGGUUUACCAUUGGCUAUAAGGGUGUUGUUUUUGAUGUUGGGUUUGUUUAUUAACUGUUUUGAUUGGAAACUUGAGGGUGGAAUCAAACCUGAGGAUAUGAAUAUGGAUGAUAAAUUUGGACUUACUUUGGAGAAAGCUCAACCUUUGCUGGCUAUUCCAAUUAAAGUAAGCAAUUGAAAAAUACACGUGGUUCUAAAUAAAGAAAUUUUGAAAUAAUUAUUGUGUUUGUGUUUGUUUUAUUAUCUAAGCAUCAUGUUUAUUGUUGUACUUUAGUAAAGAUGUCAAUGCCAUCAUGUGCACGCAAUGAGGAUUUGAAUCUUUCAUGUGACGAUGGAAGCUAGCUUAUUAAAUUUUUUGUGACAAAGUUGGCUAGUAAUUUAUUCAAGCAUUCAUUAGUAUACUCCAAUUUGUAUUUAUACAUAAAAAUAAAAAAAAGUUAAUGCGCGUCUCGAUUCAAUGCAGCAGCUGGUAUACCAGUGGAAAUGCUUAAGAUAAUGUAAUUUAGAUUUUUCACAGCUUUUCUCCAUUUA